AACCCACCAACUCCUUUUCCUUUCACGCAAGUCAGCAACUCCUCGCUCAGUCCCAACCGAAUCCGGAAGCUCCCUGCGUCCCAAGUCCCCAACCGAUUGUCCGAUUCCGAAGCCAGAAGCUCCCUGCGUCCCCUGCGGCUGCGGCCUCCCUCUCCCUGCCGAGUGCCGACCUGCGUCCCUGCGGGCUGCGGCCGAAGUCCGAACUGCCGAAGCGGCGAAGCCCAAGGAUGAAAAGAUAUUUUGACGUUGUACCCAAAUUUAAAGAAACUCAAAGUACCGGGAGUAGUUCGGGUGUUAAUUCAAAUGAUCCGCCAUUAGUAAAUGAAGAAUUGGAUCAAGUAAUUGCUGAAAGUGAAGCUAAUUUGGCUUAUAAUCUACCUGAACAACAUGAGGAUUUUGAAUCUUUGGAAGCUGAUCCUGGAUUGAGAAAAAGAAUUGCUGAUUUUCACCCUAAUGUUCAAGACGAGGUACGUCGUAGUUACAUUCAAAAAGGACCGUUUCAACCUCGGGACCAUGAUUUCCCUUUUAAGUUAAUUGGAGGCAAAAAACGUAGAUUUGUUUCAAGUUGGUUUGAUGAGCAUAAAUGGUUGGAAUACAGUAUUGCUAAAGAUGCUGCAUUUUGUUUGCCAUGUUAUUUGUUUAAGAAUGAGUGGGAAGUUGGGGGUGAUCAUUUUGUGGGAAUUGGGUUUUCAGCAUGGAAUAAAAAAGAUAGAUUCUAUUUACAUGUUGGUAAACCUAACAGUCCUCAUUACAAUGCGGUGAAAAGAUUGGAAGAUUUGAUGAACCAAAAACAAAGUAUUGGAGCAUGUUUUGUGAAACAAUCUGAACAAGCAAAGUCUGAUUACCUUAUUCGCUUGAAGGCAUCACUUGAGUGCACUAGAUUUCUUCUUUGUGGGGGUUUGCCAUUUCGGGGUCAUGACGAAUCAAUAGAGUCUAGUUAUAAAGGUCAUUUUCUUGAGACUUUAGAUCUUUUGAGACAACAUGAUUCUGAGAUAGAUAGAGUCCUAAAAAAUGCUCCACAAAACAAUCAGAUGACUUCACCCAAAAUUCAAAAGGACUUGUGUUAUGCUUGUGCAUUUCUAACUGUUCAUGAAAUUAUUAAGCAAAUGAGAUAGGGCAUCUUUGCUUAAAUUGGCAGAAUUUUAUCCAAAAGAGUUUUCUGACGUUGAUCAAAAGAUACUCGAGAAUCAGCUUGAGAAUUAUAUUUUAGAUGUCCGUUCUGAUAAUAGAUUUUCUGAUUUGAAUGGUUUAUUAGACCUUUCAAUUGAAAUGGUUUCCACGAAGAAGCAUCUCACAUAUCAGCACGUGUAUACACUUAUUAAGUUAUCUCUACUUCUCCCAGUAGCUACAGCAAGUGUUGAACGGGCGUUUUCAAGUAUGAAGUUUGUGAAGAAUGAGUUGCGCAACAAGAUCUGCGAUCAAUGGUUGAAUGAUUGCUUAGUUACAUAUGUUGAGAGAGAUGUUUUUGGUACUAUUAGUGAUGAUUCUAUUAUAGAAUAUUUCCAACAAAUGAAGUCUAGGAGAGUACAUCUAUAAAAAUGUUGAAUGACUUUUAUAUGUAAGUUUUUGCUUUAUAAUAUAUCUUAAUGUUUUGAUGGUGUACGUUAACUUUGAAGUGUUAUGCUUCUUUAAUAUUUUUUUAUUUAAUUAGAGAUCAAAGAUAUGUAAGGGUAGGGACCCCGUGGCUCCGACUUCCUGGGUCCGCCACUGGCUAUGAGGUUAUAAUAUAGUCUGGUGGUCAAUUUAUGUGGGAGAGAACCUGUGUGUUGUACAUGUGAUCAAUAUAUCAAAAUAUUUUCCCUGCCAAACAAUUUCUAGACUAUAAGUUUUCGUUCAUAGAAAUCCAAGAAAUUGAGCAGAGUCUGAUCAUCGGACAGUGGACAUGGCAUCCCAACUCCCAAGCAUAACUUGUUAGAAUGUUAGGUGACUAUUCUCACCUGACUUCUUUUCUACUGACUGAGGUUCCUGAUGUACUUUUUCCGCUAAAAACUGAUAUAGCAGAUUGGCUGAGAGGAGAAAUCGGGUCACCAUUUCUUUCCAUCUCUGGGUCGUCAAGGUCUGGGCAUGAACUAUCUAUCAUCCACCAAGUCACCUGGCAUAAUCAAGAAACCACCAGAGGAUGAUUGUUGUCUUUUUCACACUCAAAAUGUUUUUAUCCUCUCUCAAUGAAUGGCACUGAAUGAAAGAAUAAGUGUAAAGCUGAACAACUAGAAC